CAAAAACAGUGUGGAAUGCAUGUGUAAUCUUAUCGUGAACGUGCUUGUGCAUACUUGCUGUAAUUGUUAUUUACAAUGCCGAUUCUGUGUUAAAUUUCUUGCAGUUUCCCUUCCUGCUAUUGCCCUGACCAUUGUUGACAGCUAGCCUCGAUGUAAGCCUGUUUUCAUGUUAUGUGCACAUAAUAAUAAUAAUGUUUGUUAUGAGUAAUAAAUAAUCGAGUGAUGUAGUUUGUGCGCGAAGCGAGACUCCAAUAGUUUGGCGAUUGAGAUGGCACCAUUUCGCAGGAAGAAGUCCGACAAGAGUUUCCCUGUGAAGGUCUGUUCCCUGGAUGCUGAAUUGGAGUUCAAUUUGGAGUGGCGUGCAACAGGUAGGGACCUCUUUGAUCUGGUCUGUAGGACAAUUGGACUCAGGGAGACAUGGUAUUUUGGGUUGCAAUAUGAAGACUCCAAAGGUUUUAUUUCUUGGCUUAAACUUGACAAGAAAGUUCAAAACCAGAGCAUACAGAAGGACAACCAGAGCUCAGCUACAUUUAUGUUCCUUGGGAAGUUUUACCCUGAAGAGGUGGCUGAGGAGUUGGUGCAAGAAGUAACCCAACAUUUGUUCUUCCUUCAAGUGAAGCAAGCAAUUUUAUCAAUGGAUAUUUACUGUCCUCCAGAAGCUUCAGUCUUGUUGGCUUCAUAUGCUGUUCAAGCUAAGUUUGGAGAUUUUGAUGAAGACACUUUCAAACCAGGAAUGUUAGCUAGUGAAGAUUUGUUACCUCAGAGAGUCAUAGACCAAUACCAAAUGACUUUGGAAAUGUGGGAGGAUAGGAUUAAAGUCUGGUACAUGGAUCAUCGAGGAAUGUCCAGAGACGAGGCCGAAAUGGAGUAUUUGAAAAUCGCGCAAGACUUAGACAUGUACGGAGUAAAUUAUUUUCCAAUACUGAACAAAAAAGACACUGAUCUGUGGCUCGGCGUGACAGCGCUGGGUUUGAACAUUUACGAGAAGGAGAAUAAGCUUCAACCAAAAACUACUUUUACUUGGUCCGAAAUCAGGCACAUCAGUUUCGACGACAAAAAGUUUAUCAUAAAGCCUGUCGACAAGAACUCGCCGAACUUUGUGUUCUUCAGCCAAAAAGUCAGGAUGAACAAAUUGAUUUUGGAUUUAUGCAUAGGAAACCACGAUUUGUUCAUGAGGCGAAGGAAGCCGGACUCGAUGGAACUGCAACAGAUGAAGGCCGCCGCCAAAGAGGAGAAGCAGAGGCGGCAGGUUCAAAGGAACCAGUUAGCGAGAGAGAAGCAGCUGAGGAUCGAGGCCGAACGGAAGAGGGCUAACCUGGAGCAGAGGCUGUUGCAGUACCAAGAGGAAAUGCGAUUAGCUAACGAAGCUCUGAGGAGAAGCGAGGAAAGCGCCGAUCUUUUAGCUGAGAAAAGUAGAGUGGCCGAAGAGGAGGCGAUGCUUUUGAGUCAGAAGGCUUCCGAGGCUGAACAGGAAAUUACUAGAAUGCGUUUGAAUGCCAUGAGAUCAGAGGAAGAAAAGGUGAGUCUGGAGAGGAAAACGCGGGAUGCUGAACUGUUGACUGCUAGGUUAGUGGAGGAAUCAGAGAGGAGAGCUGCAGAAGCGAGCCGAUUGAAGGAUGAACUACUGAAGGCGAGGGCCGCCGAGAAACAAGCCAAGGAGAAACUGUUAGAUUUCUUCAAAACCAAUUACACAAGUAGUUCCGUUAAUAGUGUAUCCAGUUUGUAUUCGAAUCCUUUGAGCCCACAGUCGCCGGAUUUGAAUGACCCAGAGCCGGCGCGUUCUUCACCAGAUCUCAACUUAAAUUCAGCAGCGUACGAUCUGUACUCGACGGCCGAUGCGGAUCAGCUCAACUUGGAAAUCGAGAAAGACAAGGAGGAGUACUGGCAGAAAUCGAAGCAUCUGCAGAAUCAGUUGAUGGAGUUGCGUACUGUGAUCGCCGUCCUGAAAGUUGGCGAUAAACAGAACGAUCAUCUGGAUAAGCUGCACGAGCAGCAGGUGCAGCUGGGCGAGAACAAGUAUUCCACGCUGAAGAAGAGCAAAUCUGGAUCGACGAAAUCGCGCGUCGCCUUCUUCGAAGAUUUAUAAUCAUUAACCAAUUGUGAUUCUAUAUACGUUUUUUUUUUUAAUUAUUGGAUAUAUAUAUUUAUGGAGAUUGGAGUGAAAAAGAGAAAAAAAAAUACUUGCCUUAAAAACGAGACGAAGACGGACGCACGAUUAUUAAUUAGGGAAAAAAAGUCAGGUG